AUGGCUGACGAACGUGACUCUGGCAAUGAGUACAAUUGUCUUAAAUGCAGUGAAAAAGAUGAUAACCGCAUGGUACAAUGCGAUCAAUGCGACAAGUGGUAUCAUUUCUGGUGUGUCGGGGUUAAUAGCGGAAUAGAAGACCUAAGCUGGUGUUGCGAUAAAUGCGAUCCCCUAGCUUCUACCGCAACUACGAGUGCUGCAACUCCUCCGAGCACAGCACAAAUUAAUAUGGUGCCGACUUAUAAUUCAACUUGUCCGCAAUCAACAUCUUCGCCUGCACAUGACGCAUCGCUACCGGUCACUACUGCUCUAAUUUCAUGGAGUACAGCAGACGGCCAUGGAGAGGCAGUUACAAACACGGUGAGUGCAGCCGAUCAAGUAGUUACAACUACCCAUAACUCGAGAUCGAUGCAGGCGUCGGUUUCAACCGCCGCAGGCAAUCAACGCUAUCCACCUGCAACAUUAAAUGCACGGCUGUCGAGAGACGUCACAACUACAACUUGUUCAUCGCAAUACUUCCGACUACACGCCGAAGCAGUCAGCAGCCAGGUACAAAGCGUAAACGACCUCGAGCUACGUCUAGCAAUGCUGGAGGAAGAGAAGUUGAUUAACCAAACAUAUCUACAGAAGAAGUAUGAAAUACUGUCGCAUUCGCAAGGUGGUGCAGCCAUGGGCGUUUGUGGGAGCAGAAUUAGAACAUCUCCAACACCAGCACAAAUAGCAGCAAGGCAAGCUAUUCCGAAGGAGCUUCCGCAUUUUCAUGGCACUCCGGAGGAAUGGCCCCUUUUCAUUAGCAGCUUCGAGACAAGCACAGAAGUCGCAGGCUAUUCAAAUGCUGAAAAUUUAAUGCGAUUACAGGCGUGCUUAAAGGGUAAAGCCCGAGAAAUGGUACGAAGCAAAUUACUAUUGCCAACAAUGGUUCCGGAAAUUAUAGCAACGCUCCGCAUGUGUUUCGGCAGACCAGAGUUAAUCAUCGAACAUUUAAUCGAAAAGGUACAAAAGGUUCCACCUAUAAAAGAUAAACUCGAUGCCCUUAUAGAUUUUGCGCUUUGUGUACGCAACGUGUACUCUACGAUGGAAUCCUGUCACAUGGACGCGUAUAUGAAUAAUCCCAUGCUAGUAAAGGAGUUGGUGGAUAAAUUGCCCAGCAAUCACAAGCUUGCUUGGGCUAUGCAACCAAAACCACAACGCGAACCCAUAGUGAAAGUGUUUAGUGAUUGGCUUUACGCGCUCGCCGAAGCGGCUAGUCAAGUAGUCGGCUUUGCCAGCCCGAAAAAAAGCGGGAUAGUAAACACGCACGUACAGUCUUCUGGAGCACAACGAAAUGCGAGCUGUGCUCACUGCAAGGCUGACGGACAUCGAGUUGCACAAUGCGAGGAGUUUAAAAAGCUGAGUCCAGACCGCAAAUGGGAGGUUGUCCGUAGCUUAAAGCUAUGUCGCCAAUGCCUGAACGCUCAUCGUCGGCGUUGCUUCGUAACAAGGACUUGCGGCUUAGACAGCUGUAACGCCAAACACCAUCCCCUUCUGCACGGGAACACUGCUUCGUCCGCACGAAAUACUCAAGCAAACUCUACUGCGGUCGCCACUGGUAGCGUGAAUUCACACAACGACCCAAGGGAAAACGCCUCUUCCUACUUUCGCAUCCUACCGGUUCGUAUACAUGGUAACAAUAACUAUAUUGACACUUUUGCCUUUCUAGACGAAGGUUCGUCGGUAACUCUCAUGGAAGAAGAAAUAUUUCAGCAACUCAACAUAGCAGGAGUGCCUGAUCCAUUAUGUCUUCGUUGGACGGGCGACAAUACCCGUAACGAGGAGUCAUCCGUUAGAACGUCACUCAACAUUAGUGGCAGAUAUAACGACAAAGUGUUCAACAUUAAGGGAGUUCACACCGUGAACCAUCUCGGGUUGCCGAGGCAGACUGUCGAUAUGACGAGGAUCGCCACGGAUUAUCCAUAUAUGAAAGGCCUUCCCAUUAAGUCCUACUUCAACGCGAAGCCAACAAUACUCAUUGGCUCCGAUAAUUGGCAACUGGCCGUACCGCUUAAAAUUCGGGAGGGCAGCUGGCAUCAACCUAUAGCUACAAAAACGAGGUUAGGCUGGGCCAUACAAGGUCAGCGCGGUGGUUCGUCGUCGAACACAUGGUUGAAUAUACACUCAUGUGCGUGCAAAGCUGAAUACGAAAAGCUGCAUGAACUAGUAAAACAACAUUUCAAAUUAGAUGACAGCCAACGCGUGACGCUGCUCUCUUCAGAUGACCAAAGGGCACUAGCCAUACUCAACUCUACGUGCAGGAAAAUCGACGACAGGUAUGAAGUCAGUUUACUUUGGCGACAUGAGGAAGUUAAAUUACCGGACAGUUACGAGAUGGCUCGUAAACGCUUAGUUUGUCUCAACAACAAAUUCCGAAAAGACCCUUACCUCAAGGAGGCUAUGCAGAAACAGAUAGACAAUCUUCUAACUAAAGGUUAUGCGAAAAAGUUGAGCGCUGUAGAGUUAGCGGAACACAAAGGACGCGUUUGGUAUCUGCCUAUAUUCGUGGCACACAACCCAAACAAACCCGCUAAAGUCCGACUAGUUUGGGACGCAGCAGCAAAAAGCAACGGUAUGUCCCUUAACGACGCUAUACUGUGUGGACCCGAUCUUCUUGUUCCCCUAGUAGAUAUUUUGUUGGAUUUCCGCGUUGGUAAAGUUGCCAUAUGCGGUGACAUCGCGGAGAUGUUUCACCAAAUUAACGUUAGCGAUAAUGAUAUGCACGUCCAAAGGUUCCUCUGGCUGGACGAGGACGACGACAUUUCCAAACCGAGUGUGUACGUCAUGCGCGCCCUCACUUUCGGCAUUAGCUGCGCCCCAUGCAUUUCUCAUUAUGUGCGUGACAAAAAUGCAAACACUUUCUUUGAGCAGUUUCCCAAAGCCGUUGAUGCAAUAAAAAGACGCCAUUACGUGGACGACUUUAUUUAUAGUGAGGACACCGAACAGGACGCCAUUGAAAUUGGGAAAGCAGUGAAGCAUAUACAUGCCUCAGCUGGGUUUAUUAUCCGCAAUUGGGCAUCAAACUCCGCUGCAGUUCUCGAGGAAAUGGACGGAGGCCGCGCUAGGGCCCAGGCACCAUUAGAGUUGAACUCAAGCGAGAAGAUUCUUGGAGUUUACUGGGAUCCCAACAAAGAUGUGUUUAAAUAUGCAUUCAGGUUUGCAAGGCUGAAGCGGAACGUCGUAGAAGGCGAUACAACACCAACAAAACGUGAAAUACUGCAGAUACUGCUUCAAGAGAUAUGGCGCUCGCGCUUAGGUUGGGAUGAGGAGAUCGAUGAUGUCAUGAAUGUAAAAUGGCGGCAAUGGAAGGCCGGCCUAGCAGCUAUGUCCUCUGUAGAAAUACCUAGGUGCUACUCACUUUAUCUAACCGUUGCUGAGGAUGUCCAAUUGCAUACAUUCGUAGAUGCCGGCGAAUAUGGCUACGCAGCGGUGUGCUACCUACGUGUCAAAACUGCUACUCAUAUAGAUGUGUGUAUUAUAGCUGCUAAGUCAAAGGUAGCUCCUCUAAACCCGGUAUCCAUUCCACGACUGGAACUGCAGGCAGCGGUGCUGGGCGCGAGGCUGUCUUCAAAAAUUCAGCGUAUAUCACGACUAAAAAUACAGAGAAAAAUUUUCUGGACUGACUCAACAACUGUGUUGAAGUGGCUAAGCAUGGAACCUCGUCAAUUCCGCCAAUUUGUAAUGUUCCGUGUUGCAGACAUCCUGGAGCACACGAACCUGAACCAGUGGAAAUGGGUUCCAUCCCUACUUAAUCCUGCGGACUUGGCGACUAAAGUCGACACCAAAACUAAUAACAGCAUCUGGUUUAACGGGCCCACAUUUUUACAAGACGACGAAAGCGAGUGGCCGUACCGAGAAGACUUGGGACCGAUAGACAACAGCGAAGUCAAAAAUCACGUGCUCCUCAUUAAUACAGCUAUCAACAACUUAGGUAAAUGUCUAGAUUUAGCGCUUAUUGAUGAUAUUGCUAAAUGUACUAUAAUACUCGGCGAUCCUUUAGUUUUACCUGUAGACUCUUAUCACCCACCACUUGAAUUGUCCUUGGCACCAUCCUAA